AUGGAAAGUAAAAAUCUUAGUAAUAAAUUUAAUAAAAAUCAAAUUACAUAACUUUUAAAUGAAACUCUGCCUGUAUAUAUGCAAUUUGAAUUAAAGUAUAACAGAAAGCCAGUUACGGUAGGUACUAAUUUCACAUUUGACAAAGUAAACUAAAAAAUCUAGUAACGAUUUCCUACCAUUAAAAUUAAAGUAGACUUGAUUACUUAAAAAAAGUUGGAUAAAAUUUAUGAAGGAAUAGUUGAAAUAAUAAAAUCAGGUAAAGAAACUGCUAUGAUAUUUAAAAAUGUCGUUGAUGUUGAAUUUGUUAAAAUCUAUUUUCAUCCUUAUGAUUUAAAGGAAGCUAGCCUGAUUCAGACAAAAAAUAAUAUAAAUAUAAUAAUGCUUGUUUUCAAUUAAGAAUGA